ACCGCCACCACCACCACCACAACAGUCGCUACAAUCACACUACAUCCCCUUCGCGUGGCUGCUGAGCAAACAGCACGCGCAUAAUGCAUCACAUCCACCACUAAUUACUACCUAAUACCCGAACCAUACGAACGACGGGAAACCGACCACCACAAUCGCGAAACCACAAUCGACCGCGAAUAAGGAAGGAAAGAUGGGGAAACACAGGUACGGCCUGGUCUUCGAUGCAGGCUCGUCAGGCACGCGAGUCUACGUCUAUAAAUGGGACUCAGCCGAGCAUGUGUUGAAGAAGGGACACGAAAAGAAGUUGCAGAGUCUCCCGGAUAUCAAGACAGAUAAGGAAUGGAUCAAGAAGGUGCAUCCAGGCAUAUCGACUUUUGGAGACCGACCCGAGUCCGUUGGCCCGGAUCAUUUGAAGGAGCUGGUAGACUUUGCGCUGGACAUUGUUCCAAAGAAGGAUGUCGAGAGCACGCCGAUAUUUCUUCUGGCCACUGCCGGAAUGCGAUUACUGCCCGAUCAUCAACGCGCUGCAUUGCUGGAGCACACGUGUUCUUACUUUCAACGCAACACCAAGUUUCAGCUGCCGGAUUGUGGAGUACACGUACAAGUGAUACCAGGCGAAACGGAGGGUCUGUAUGGCUGGAUUGCGGCGAAUUACUUGCUAGGAGGCUUCGACAAACCGGAUGUUCAUGUUCAUGGCAAAGAUCACCAUACUUACGGCUUCCUGGAUAUGGGUGGGGCCUCGGCACAGAUUGCAUUCGCGCCCAAUGCCACGGAGGCGGAGAAACAUGCAGAUGAUCUCAAACUGUUGAGACUACGAAAAGUGAAUGGCGAGUCGCUGGAGUAUCGAGUGUUUGUCACGACAUGGCUAGGCUUUGGGGCCAACGAGGCUCGGAGACGAUACGUGACGCGACUGCUGGAGGCCUCCCCUGGUGUCGAUGAGCUCCCGGAUCCGUGCUUGCCCGUCGGCAUCAAGGUGAAGAAGACAGGAGAGGAGCUCGAGCCUGGAUCGAAAGACAUCGCGCUUGCAGAACCACAUUUGAUUGGCACGGGUGACUUCACGGAAUGCCUGAAGAGCACGUACCCGCUCUUGGAAAAGGAAAAAGAGUGUACAGAUACGCCAUGUCUACUCAAUGGACAGCACACGCCCGCCAUCGACUUCGAUGUGAAUCACUUCGUUGGCGUGUCUGAGUACUGGCAUACCACCCACGAGAUCUUCGCAAUGGCACACAAGGACAAAGCGUACGACUUUGCGAGCUAUCAAAAGCAAGUCACACAAUUCUGCUCACGCAAGUGGAUCGACAUCGAGAAAGACGUGGCGAAGGAAACUUGGGGGCACAAAGUGGAUGAGAAGACGGUGGAAGAAGUGUGUUUCAAGGCCAGCUGGCUAAUCAACAUGCUACACGACGGUAUUGGGAUUCCCCGAGUCGGCAUCGAAGCGAGUAAAGGCGGUGCGGGGAACAAGACAAAAGCUAUUGUGAGCAGUGCGAAAGAUCAUGGCUUUGUCGACCCCUUCCAAGCGGUCGACAAAAUCGAUGGCAAAGAGCUCAGCUGGACGCUCGGCAAGAUUGUGCUCUACGCAUCUUCACAGAUUCCAGCCAUAGACGAGACGAAAGUGGUGGGCUUUGGCAGUAAUGUCGAAAGUAGCACCGCUGUGCCAUACGACUGGCAGUCUCCCGCUGGAUCUCUCCAACCUUUGCCUGCCAACGGGACUGGCAGCCUGCAAAAUGGCGACGACUGGCACGAUCGCAUACUAUCGAGCAACUACGGUCGUCGAGGCCCGGGCAUCAUCAUCUUCCUGCUCAUCUUCGCAGUUGCAGUCUACCUCCUUUGUGGUCGCGAAAGAAGACAAUCAUGGUACCAAAAAGUCACUGGAGGGAAGCGUCCUGGAGGAGGAAAACCACUCCGUCCCAAGGCCAAUCGAUUUCUGGGAGGUAAACUCUUCGGUGGCUCUCCCACGUAUGAACGAGUGCUAGAAGAAGGCAACGAUAAUGAAUACGACGACUUUGAACUCGCAGAUGUCUCGGAUGGAGAGCGAUUAUCCGACUCCAGCCUGGAUAGUGCAUUGGACUCUACACGUGCUGGCCGUACUUCUGGAAUGGCCACACCUGGUCUGCGAGGGCUGUCACCUGACAUUGCGAGAGGGUCGCCAAAGAUAUCAAAAGGCUACUUUGACACCCCUGCUGUUGGUGCUGAACGCGUGGGGAGCUCGCAUGGCUUGGGUAUCGCGAACCCUCCGACACCUUUCGAGAGGGGCGGCUUGAUUAUCCGAACUGAGAGUAAGGAGAGUCUCCGGGCGCCGAGUCGCAGUCGAAGGAACAGCCCGACGAGACGAAGCCCGCUAAUGAGUCCUUUAAAGGAGAGUGUCGAUUGAUUGGUUUUUGAUCAUGCAUUUUCAUUCGAGCACAGGUGUUGGACAGGAGUUCUUUUUGGCUGGGGGCACAUCACACCACUGAGCCCCCGGUGUGCUGCUUGAUUGUGAAUUUUGAGAUUUGAACGAAGAAAAGACAUGAGAUCAACGACACACAGAAGAAUCACAUUAGGCGCUCAUAUGCUCGUGUGAUGAGAGAGGAAGGAGCGCAUGCAGCAGCAGAAAUGGCAUGUACAAGCUUCUUUCUUCUUCUACCUGAUGCACACACAGGUUUUUAUGUUAGACUACCUUAUCGCUUUUACUUUUACCUCAUUGCCAAGCUAAGGUAUUUAAUCAAAAAAACACCUACCUAGCAAAUGGCUUGAGAGGUCUUUAUAAUAUCACAUAUCAAAUGAUAUCACUUACUUCGA